AUGCCUGCGAAUAGCGAUAACGAAGCCUGUCGAGUUCCGCGCGACAUCUCGACGGUGCAGGCUUCCACCGGUGCCCCCAUCCAAAACCGAUCCUUGCCGAUUUACAUAGAUGCACUGCCUCUCGAACUCCUUUGCCGUAUAUUCUGCUGGAUGCGCCAUCUCGAAGACCCAGAGGCCGGUAUAACGCUACAUGCGCGUACCCCACCAUGGACGCCGGUCCUCCACGUUUGUUCGUCGUGGCGCGCUGCUGCUUUAGAGUGCAAAGCUCUCUGGUCCAUCAUUCCCCUUGGGAAUCCAAAGUGGACCGAGAUGGCUCUUCAGCUCUCUGACCCAGUCGAUAUCGCUCUCUACAUGCCCGACGGCCCACGUUUAUACAUGGACUCCGAUCACCCCGCACCCACAAAGGACCACGUCGUGAGACAAGCGGUGGCUCUUACGUUUCCCCACUUGUCGCGCGCUAGUGUCUUUGAACUGAGCUUGAUCCCACACGAAGAAUCCCGAGAAGAUGGGGGGCCCUUCCAUACUUUCUACUUGCGCGCACGCGCAUUUUUUGCGCCGCUGCGUAAUGCGCGCAUGGACCGACUGCGCGACCUUUACUGUAAGGGCGGCGACCUUACCGACGGAUCCUUCCUCGGGAUAGAGUGGCCUCGCAGCGUGUGCUGCGUUCAGAUGAUGUGGGUACGGUUCACCAAGAACCUCACCUUCCUAUCGCUGCCCCUUACCAACCUGGAGAUAAUCAUGCCAGACUUUCGCGGCUCUUUCGAGGAAUUUUUAACCGUCGUCAAUUCAUGCAAGGAGUUGACACGCCUUGACAUCGAGGAUCAUAUCAAUUCUUCUCGCUAUCAUGAACUCUUUGGACCCGACUCCGAGCCAACAAGGUCGAGCUUGCCUACGGUCGACCUGCCGUCUUUGGAAACGUUGACUCUGUCCGGCUCGCCUCUCCUGAUCAGUGCAUACCUGCCUCAAUUCGCCUUACAGAGCAGGACUACUGUGCUCGCCUCGUGGUGGGCGCACUACUACCAAGCCCCGGGCGCUGCCCAACUACCUGAUCAGUUGCAUAUAUUCAAGAUGUGGCCUCUGGUGGAGACAUUUGGCUUCGAGCCAACGAUGGACCAGCGCAUGACAUGGCUCGCACAGCUCUGUUUGGCCGUUGCGCACCAGAUCCAUCGGGUCAUUGCGGCAGAUGCAGUUGGUUCAAAACACUUCGAUCCUUCGUCGUUCAAAUUUCAUCCCCUGACACAGGAGGAGGACGACUGGUUGCCCAUCACCAUAAACUACAUCCAGUGGGAGCCGGAGAACUCUGCCAUCAGGCUCUCGCACGGUGGAUCAGACGGGACUCGAUACGUGCAUCGAUCUGUAUUUGGCGUGAGCACCAGCGUCGGUAAAGGACCAGGGAGAGGAUGGACCGCGGCUUUCAAUUCGAUGAGAAGACGGGGUGAACACGACGCUUACGCUGCGUCUUAUACGGCCCCCGCCGCAUUCACAUUCCCUGGUGCAGGAUCUCCCAGUCCACGUCCGGUCGAUGCUGACCAGCCAUUUCUGACGCUCAUCGCACUGGAUCGUAUCGACCAGACAACACCCUACAUGAAGACGUACUUCCCUGUAAUCAAACGAUUACUUAGGCCUGAGCCGCGAUCGCCGGAUGAGCCUAGGACGAUGCCGUGCACCGUACACGUCCUAUUCCCGUUCGGGCUGGAGUUGGACGACGAGCAGCGGGAAAGCUUACAGGCAUUCAACAUCAGGAUGUCCGAUGUUGACACAGAGUAUCCGUACACCGAGUACUACUGA